UGGACCCUUCAAUUUUUUGGCUGUAUUUAGUGGGUGGACUGGGGGUGAUGACUGAUGAGUCUAUCCCAUUUCCAUCUCUCAUUGCCUCACAACUUCCCAAUCUUUCUUCAUUUCUAAUUCUAGCCAUGGAUACCCUGUCAGGCUCCGUAUCCACCUUCAACAUCCCCAGCCUUCAUCCCAAAUCUCACCAUCUCAAGAGCCAUCUUUCUCACUUGAUUGCAUCAACUAGCACACCAAAAACUCCUAAGGUAUCAAAUAAAGCCACCAUUUUUACUGCCCACAACAACUUCAUUCCUCCACUUGUUAAUUCUUCUCAAUCAGCCUUACCACUCAAACAAUCCUCAAAGCAGCCAGAAUCCCACCACAAGGCCUCCAGUACUGGCUACGCCGUUGCCCUCUUAGAUGUAGCACGAUGCAAUAACGUGCUGGAAGUAGUGGAGAGGGAUGUCAAGAGGCUGUCCAAAUGGCUUUGCAAUGACCAACUCAGAGCUAUAGUACUUGUCAACCCUUGUGUGGAAAAGGGAGAAAUAUUAAAAGAGAUUGUCAAAAAGGGUAAGUUUCACAAGUAUUUGGUGAAAUUGGUGAAGUUGUUGGUUGAGAAAAAUAAGGUGGAAAUGCUGAGUGAAGUGCUGAUGGAAUUCGGGAGGUUUUAUGAUGAUGUGAGUGGGUCGGCUAAUAGUCAAGUGGUGUUUGUUUCAUGUGGGGAGAAGAUAGAGGAAAACGAAAUACUGGGAAUUGCUAGGACGGUGCAAAAGCUUAGUGGGGCUGCCAAAGUGAAGGUGAGGCAACUUGUUGGCGAAUUGCCAUCAAUAUCAUUUGCUCCCUGACUUCUACUUGAUGAGGUUGUGAAAGAAACUACGUAUACAUUAGCUAGCACUUCCAACUUCCAAGGAUUUAGCCUUCAAUAUAUGUAGGCUUCAGUUUGUUGCUUGCUUUAAAAGACAUCAAAAACUAAAUUUAGAUACAAGAACUGGUCCUGUAAUCUUGAUAUUUGUGUUUAAUGUUUUGAUGAUGUAAUAAUGAAGCAGCCAUUCUUAUGACUCUA